AUGGCAGAGUCUAAAAACCAAGGGGGUGUCUCGGACUCCAGGAGCGAAGAGUUGUUUCGCCAAUUGGUAACUUGUGGAAUAUGUCUACAACUAUACGUCGACCCUGUUGCUCUUCUUGACUGUCUACACCUUGCCUGUGGCUCGUGCGCGAAGCAAUGGCUCAAAAGUUCCGAACUUUGUCACCAAUGUCGUGGGCCCGUUCGAGGGGUACACGAUAGUCACCAUACUCUGGCGGUGGUCGAGGCGUACCAAUCGGUCGCCCCAAACUCUGGCUUGUGUCAAGAACGAACUCCUGAAAUUACGUCUGUGUUACGCAGCCAAUAUAAGCCAGGUCAACAAUUUAAUAUCGGUGGAGGAGACGAAGUGAACUCAGAUGGAAGUCCUAGCGAACUUCCGGAUACUGAAUAUGAAGGCGAGGAAUCCUACGAGUCGUCCCAGGCAUAUUCCGGGGAAAUUCAGCUCCUUCAGGAUUUGUUCCGUGAAAUCCUUGCUUUUCGAGGUUCAAGCUUACCAAAGGCAUCUUGGCAUGGCAAUACAAACGGCGGGGCCAAUCCCUCCCAUGUUAACGCCGAUGAUACAGUAUGCACCUCCUGCGCACUGGACCUUGUGGAAGCAAGUGUGUUUGAAUGGUGGUUGUCCAAACGCCAAUCCACAACGGCCACGGUUGAACUCUCGGAGGACAUAAUGACCCGAGAAGACUGUUGGUACGGUAUAGAAUGUCGUACCGCUCGCCACAAUGAACAACAUGCUAGAAGCUACAAUCACAUUUGUCGGAAUACGGUAGCCAACCAAUUAACGGAACAUGAUGAUCUCCCAGAGAACGGAAAUCGUUAUGUGACUGAAAGCACUAACUUAUACGCGAAUUUUCCUGCAUUCAGCCCAUCAGCCAUUAUGUUCCGGGAUAAAGGGAAAGAACCGUCCUUCAUGUGCUCCUCGGUUCGCCCUACUAGAUCAGGAAUCGAUAUAAUACCUGGCAAGCUUACCAUCUGGGGCCCCUACCUUGGUGUGCAGGUUUAUUACGGGGAGAGGGGAAGGGAGUAUUUACAAUCUGGACAAGUACAACUAUUAAUGGACACAAAAAGCAUGCGCUGGGUCCAGACCUCACGCGGGAUAGUUCCAGAAGACUGUCGUCCAGUGGUCGGUGGUCGGAGAACCGAUGCUGGCAGAUCUCGGCUUCUAUUUCAUUGCGCCGUGUGGUGGCGUGGUCAAAGGAUCCCAGGCUACACCUCUACGGAUGCAGAAUACGCUACAAUUACUUGGGAUGGGCAAGAGUGGUAUUUUAAGGACAACUAUGAGAUCUUGUGUUGGAAUUGA